AUGUCUCAACCAAGCCGAGUGAUGCGAAUGUUCGAGUUCGAGCUCGAGCAUAAUGCGAGAAUGCUCAGGAACUACGUCUGCCAUCUUGGUGCUGGAGAGUACCAGGAUGCUAGCGUUUUGUUGCAGCUGAUGGACAGGAGCCUCAGUGAGCUGCUUCGCGAUGACGUCCUCGAGUUUGGGAGAUACAAAGUAGCUAUUGUCCUUCAACUGCGCUUGUUGAAGCAGGAUGGUGUCACCGGUGACAAGGUGUUCAUCAGCUUCUUCGUGCGCACGCGAACCACCAUCAUCCUGAAUGAUGAUGAUGUUCGUUACAAAUUGGAUAGUGCUGCAGCAGAGAUCGAUGCUCAAAUCGAUGAGUUUGUCCGGAAUGGAUCGGGGUGGAUCGUGGAUCACGUCGAAGCCGUAUAUCUGGAAUUGUCGAAAUUUGAGCCGAUGGGAGGUGGAACGUUCAUCCAUCUCCCCCAGCACAUCAAGGCUAAGACAGCCUGCCUCAAUGUCAUCAACAACGACGAUCGGUGUUUGCAGUGGGCUCUGCUGGCCGCAAAACAUCACGAGGAUGUUGGUCCAAACAACAUUCGAGUAUCGAAGUACGUUCCAUACGUUGACGAGCUGAACUUUGCCAGUGUAGAGUUUCCAGCUAGUAUGUGUGCCAUCACGACGUUGGAGCAGAACAAUGUCGAUCUCGCCGUCAACGUUUUCGGCAUAUCGGAUGAUGGGAAGACUGUCGUUCCGCUUCGUCUGACCAGAAAAGGCGAUCCUCAGGAAGCCAUCAAUCUGCUCCUGUUUUCUGGUCAAACUGAGGACGAACGUAACGUGCAGCACUGGGUGUUCAUCAAGAACAUGAGUCGUCUGGUACACAACAAAAGUCAUCAUUCACGGAAGGUGUGCUACCGGUGUCUGAACGUGUUGAGUACUCAGACGGCUCUGGAGAGUCACCAGCUGCAUUGUAAAGACCAUCUCAUCGCGCGGGCGGUGAUGCCGCAGAAGGGUGAAAAGCUGCGUUUCACGCAGUACGAGAAGCAGCUUCGUGCACCUGAUGGCACCGUGACGGAUACGUUCCAGCAUACGGGCGAAGAUUCAGUAGAGCAGUUCCUGACCUCCCUGGAACUGCAGGAAGUCUCCAUUCGUGAAGACUUGGAGAAUCGUCGCCCUAUGAACCUGACGCCUGAUGAGGAGGCUGGUUUUCUCAGCGCCAGGGAUUGCUGGAUAUGUAAACGUCGUCUCGGAGGGGAUCGUGUGCGUGACCACGAUCACAUGACGGGUGCGUUUCGCGGAGCAGCGCACAACUCCUGUAAUCUUCAGCUGCGCAUCGUACCCGGCAAGGUGAACAUCCCGGUGGUGUUCCACAAUCUCAAGGGGUACGACGCGCAUCACAUCGUCAGUCAUCUCGGUAAAGCGAAGAUUGACGAAGUGACGUACCAAGAUGCUGGAGACAAGGAGCACACGGAGCAGCGCGGCUCCAUCAACAUCGUUCCGUCCAACACGGAAAAGUACAUCGCUAUGAUGUGGCGGCAGUUCGUGUUCAUCGACUCGUACGCUUUUCUCAGCACUUCGCUGGAUAAGCUUGCGAAGGCAACACCUGGAGAAGCGUUCGUCCGCAUGCGUGAUCUGCAUGAGGGGGAUCCCGAGAAGACGGAUCUUCUGCUGCGGAAAGGUACGGACGUGUACUUGCUGGCGGAUGUAUUUGAGAACUUCCGCACCACCGCCAUCGCCACGUACUCGCUAGAUCCGGCCAACUACUACACGCUGCCCGGGUUUGCGUGGAGUGCGCUGCUCAAGGUGUCCGACGUCAGUCUGGACCUUCUGUCUGACGUGACGAUGCACACCUUCAUCGAGCACGGCAUCCGCGGUGGAAUCAGCAUGAGUGUGCAGAGGUACGCCGAGGGUAACAACGAUCUUAUACCAGACGGGUACGACCCCUCGAAGCCUAUGACGUAUCUGCAGUACGUCGAUGCAAAUAAUCUGUACGGCUGGGCCAUGCAGCAGCCCCUGCCCAUCGGCGACUUCAAGUUCGUGGAGGACAUCAGCGAUGAUCUCGUGGACGACAUCGUCAUGACGCACCCCCACGAUUUGCCUGUGGGAUAUAUCGUGGAGUGUGAUCUCACGAUUCCCGAUGGUGUGCACGAUGCGCUAAACGAGUAUCCUCCUUGCCCCGAGAACAUGUGCGUGACGGACGACAUGCUGUCGCCGCAUCAGCAGCAGCUGGCGCAACAGCUCGGCUUGGGCAAGCAGAAGGAGAAGAAGCUGAUGCUCACUCUGCUGCCAAAAACCCGCUACGUGUGCCACUACGUAAAUCUGCAGGCGUACGUGGCGCUUGGCGUGGAAGUGAGUGAAGUGCAUCGCGUCCUCCAGUUCACGCAGCGUCCGUGGAUGCGCUCGUACAUCCAGCUGAACACCGAUCUGCGUACGAAUGCUGCAUCGGAGUUUGAGAAAGAUUUCUACAAACUCAUGAACAAUGCAGUGUUUGGCAAGACGAUGGAGAACGUCCGGCGCCGCUUGAACCUGAAGCUUGUCCGCUCGGAAGAAGAGGUGGACAGGCUGCGGCGCGCCAUCGCCAAGCGAACGUACAAGCGCAGUAUCGUGUACGACAACGACCUGGUGGCGGCGGAGUUCUUCAAGUGUAAAGUUCACUUGAACAAACCUAUCUACGUGGGUUUCUCCAUCCUAGAGUUGUCGAAGGUGCUGAUGUACAGCUUCUUCUACGACACUCUGAAGCCACGCUAUGGUCAGAACGUACGGCUGUGUUACACGGACACCGACUCGUUCAUCCUGCAGUACGCCACGGCCGACCUGUAUGCGGACAUGAGUGACAUGAUGGGUCAGUACAAUACAUCCAACUAUCCGACUGACCAUCCUCUGCACUCCCUCGCAAACAAGAAAGUCGCCGGCAAGUUCAAGGAUGAGCUGGGUGGACGCAUCAUGAGCGAGUUCGUGGGGCUUCGCUCAAAGAUGUACGCGUACACCGGCGAAGAGUCAGCAAAGCGUGCGAAGGGCGUGAAGAAGUCCGUCGUGAACGAUACUCUGCAGUUCUCGACGUACAAGGACUGCCUUCUACCCGAUCAGCAGAGCAUCGAGAGAGAGAUGAAUGUGCUGCGCAGCCGGAAUCACCACAUCUAUGGUGAGACCAUCCGCAAAGUGGCGCUAUCACCGUUCGAUAGCAAGAGGUACAUCCUCGACGACGGUGUGAGCACACUUGCGUAUGGCCAUUAUAAGAUACCGGCAUAA